CGUUAUUUACGUAUUGAGAAAAGUACGAUUAUUUUAUGUGUUUCCUUGUUCUGCAGGAAUCUGGCCUAUCUAUUGCUUCAUUUGGGCGUUGUCUUGCUAGCGUGCGGCUGUGUUCUUCCUUGGCUGAGCUGAUGAAAAAUUGCUUGGUCAUUGCCGGACGCCAUCUUUCUGGCAGAGCGUUUCCGAGACGCCAUAUUUUACCCAAAAGGAAACGCCCAGAAAUCUGAUACACGGCUUCCUGAGUAGCCCCGACACAUUUCUUUGGCGCCAAAACAGCGGAAGUCAAAGAGACAAAGGAGACAAAGAGUCGAGAGAGCGACACCUUGAAACACUCAGCUUGGUGGUGGAGCAUCGAACAACAUCAGUCAUGGCCAAGGAGCCCCUGAGCAAACCUGUUCAAGAAACUGGGUCCAAUAAUCAAACGGUGAAAGACCUUCCCCAAGGCGUGUCUGAAGUUAGCACCGCCGAGAAGUCAACGAUCAUCGAAGAGAUUGGGAGUGAUAAGGAAGAGACCCCACCAGUGGAAGAAAAUGAUGGAUUGCCCAAGGAACGGGCAACUUCUUCUGGGGUUGAGGAUGGUCCUCCUCCCAUAAUUAAAGUAAGCGUUGAAACCCAGACAGAGACAGAAUUCUCUGAGCAGAGUUCAGAGGUGAACCCAGAACCAGAAGUGGAAAAGGAAAGCGCUAUUAAGGCGACGAGCGCGCAAACGCCCUUAGAGGGAAAGGACCAGCUUCCACCGGGACGUGACGUCAAAGGCAAAAAGAAAAAGCAGCGUCAAAAAAAGAAACGUCCUUCAAAAGAGAAGAACGAAGCCCAACCGAGUCUAUCAAGGGACAACACACAAAGCUGGUCCAUCGCGUCUCAGCUUCCAUUGAAGUCUGGUAUCACAUUGCGACUGGUUUGCCCUUUGGUCUGUCUUUUGUGCGUCAUUGGGGUCACACAAUGCUUUUCAGUGGACAAUGUGAAAGAAGAGUGCCAUGUUUACAGCGUUGUUGCACAGAGCAGCAUCACCAAUCAAAAGCUGACUAUUAAAAAAGGGAAACAGUUUUUGUGUGAGAUCUCGGUGUCCCAGAAUGAAGUCCCUUGUGGUAAAUCCUCAGUCCUCCCGAUCAACGAGACUUCACUGCAUCUGACCACCAAGGAGAAGAGCGAUUCCUACUUUGUGGAAGCUGGAGACAUGGAAACCUUAACGUUCAAAUAUGAAGGUUCAUGCGGGGAUCGAGAAUCGUCUCUAAAACACAUCAAUCCUGAAGAAGCUCAGACUACCCCCUCUGUACCUAAUGAAAACCCGCCAGUUCCGCAUACCGCUGAAGAAAUGCCCGGGUGGGCAAUAUUUUUAAUCGUUUUACUGGGGCUCGCUGCAAUAGCAGGGGUGCUGUAUAGGUUCAGAGGCAGGCUGUGUAGAAGGAACUGCUGGAACAGACAGCCACAAGAUAAUCCAGCUGAGAGGGAGCCCAUGGGAAGCUCUCAAGUCGGGAAGAAACCGCGUUGUUUUUGCGUUGGAUGUCCACAUUAUAUGAACUGCGAGGAUGCGGCUCCUAAUAUUGAAAUGACAUCCUGAACAGCGGAGGCUCCCAUUGUACGCCGCGGCACAUCAGUGAUUUUAUUUUGUUAUAGCUGUUUGUUUAGUGUUGAUCCUGCCAGAAAUCCUGGGAGCUGAUAUUUCCU